UUCAUAGUUGAUCAUCUUGGCUAUGGCCUGUUCUUACACAUCAAAUAAUACUACCUAUGGAGUUCGAUCCAUUAGUCUCCCUACCACAUCACAUUCAUCCACUUAUAAUAUCAAGAAAGAGCUUAACGACAUCAAAACAUGUGCAAUGUAUUCAUCAUCGUGUAAGCCGUCUAUAGAAACCCUUUAUGAUGGUUUAUUGAAAUUGUCUAGAUUGUAUGAAUGCUUGCAUGAGUUUAUAAACGUGGUAUGUUCGACCCAUGACGACGAGAAAUGGGUUGAAGAGCUAAGGGACGGAUUGGUUGGGUUCUUGGAUGUUUGCGACAUCAUGAGAGAUAUCAUGUCGCGUUACAAAGAGCAUGCAAGAGACCUUCAAUGUGCUUUAAGAAGGAGAAAGGGAGAUUCAAGCAUCGAAAUCAGCAUUGCACGAUACAAAUGUUUUAGAAAAAUGAUUAAGAAAGAUGUGAAGAGAUUGAUAGCAAGUUUAAAGCGAUCCACGGUAGCAAAGUCACAAGAUCGUCGCCACCACCACCACCACCCGCACCAUGAGGUUGUGAUCAAAAUGGUAAUGGAGGUGACUGUUUCCGUCUUUGAGUCUCUAUUGAUGCAUUUUGUCAUGCCGAAUUCAGAAACACCUAAGGCAAGUAGGUGGUCUUUGGUGGUAUCAAAGUUGAUUCAAAGGACAAGAGUGGCAUGUGAAGAACAUCAUGAUCAACAUACAAAAGAUAUCGAAAGUUUGGAUGUUGUGUUACACGGUCAAUGCAUCAAAGAUGAUCGAUUUUCGUCUUGGCAGAAUGAUGCAUAUUUAUGGGAUGUAAUGGAAGCUCAAAUAGAUAGAAUCGAUGGUGGUUUAGAGUAUAUGUUUAGGAGUAUGAUUAAAACAAGGUCAUAUCUUCUUAACAUAAUUUCCAACUAUUGAAUGUGCAUGAUACGAACAUUUGAAGUAAAUAUAUAAAAGUAUAUAAAUAUCAGUAAUACUAAUUUGUCCAGUUAAA